UGAAAGUCUUGUUGACCUAUCUCCCGGUGCCACCGAACGACAUGUGUCCAUCCAUCACCGAUUACCAUGUCUCUUCCAUCUACAGACGGACACAUGUCUAUCUCCCUACUCGUGAUUGGUUUGAUUCCUAAAACCACGACGAAGUCCACCACAGCGUUGCUUUGAUUACACACUUCCUCUGGAAAUCCGAUUCGAAAGGAAAUCCUCAAGAAACUUCUGAUCAAUUCGAUUCUUCACGGAGGUGGUUAUGGAAGAUCCUCAAUGGCUUCAUCGUACUCCAAAACCAGCGAGUACGAACUCUCCACGAUCAUAGCAGGCGGAGUCGCAGCUCUACUAGUACCGAUUCUGCUCUCCGUCGUGUUAACCGGAACCAAAAAGGGGAAGAAGAGAGGCGUUCCGGUGAAAGUAGGCGGCGAGGAAGGUUACGCGAUGCGUCACGCCCGAGGUCCCGAUCUCGUCGACGUUCCCUGGCCGGGAGCCACGACUAUGGCCGCCUUGUUUGAGCAGGCUUGCAAGAAGUACUCGAGCAACCGGUUGCUCGGGACUAGGGAGUUUAUAGACAAGGAGAUCGUCACGUCUAGUGACGGCAGGAAGUUCGAGAAGCUUCAUCUUGGGGAGUAUCGGUGGCAGAGCUAUGGAGAGGUCUUUGAACGUGUUUGCAACUUUGCCUCGGGGCUUGUUGGUGACAUAACGUUGAUACUAGGUCUGGGCAUUCGGUCGUCAGGUCAGGUUUGGGUCAGGUCGGGUUCGGAUCGGUCCUUUCAGAUUCGGGUCUGGCGGAUCCAAGACCCGUAUGUCCUCUACAACAAGACUCGAUAGGGUAAUUUGUUCGGAUCGGUUCCUACCCGGAGCGGUUUUUUGGGUCGGUUUUGGGUCGAGUUUUCGAAUCAGGGUAAAAUGCACAGACCUAAUUGAUACUCGUGUCGCUAUCUUUUCUGAUACUCGUGCUGAGUGGUUUAUCAGGUAAUUGAUUUGAGUUUUUGUUAUUAGGUGUUACUUAAUUUGAUGAACUUUUUUUGUAUGACGGAUCAUACACAUUCUUCUUCAUGAGCUUUUUUUUCCAUCUAAUAUUUUUAUUAAAGGGAUUAAGCCCAAUGGUCAAGUCCAUACAUCUUACAAGAUUAACCACAGAGAACCCAGAACAAAAGAGUAUACUAAGAAAACAGCUAUUGGGUCUAAAGUCCAUUCACAACACUGAGAGUAAUUAGACGUCCCUUCCACGCGUCGAGAGAUUUGCAUGGCCAUAACACAUGUCGAAAUCCUCAAACAACGAGGAGACACACGUCUCAAGGGACCGCCUAAUGAGUCACCGCCGGUCUUCCACCGAACCACCACCGGAAACACGAAAUCGUUCCCAGAUCUUCACCAUCGACCAUAACUGGAGAAGAGCAGCCAUAAUUCACUUCUUCUUCGCCUUCGUCGUCUGUUCUUUGACAACCAUAAAGCAUCAAUCAGCAACGCCGAGAGCAAUCCGGAAUAUCGAAGUCACGAACCAUGCUAAGACCACGCCGAAACACUUGGAUACCUUCAUACGAUAAGCCCACAUCAACACAAGACAUUGUGACAUGGAAACAAAAACGCCGACCGUUUCACCUUGACAACGGCGGAGCCAAAACCGGCCAGCCACCUAAAGAUCAGGCGACACCGGAAAAAGGAAAAUCCUAGAUAAAACCAGAAUAAAAAUAAAUCCCGACCGACGACGUGUCUAUGGAAGCCCACCGUCAUCGGUCAGAAGACAUAGAUCAGAAAGUAUGAUCUUAUAGAGAGAAGGCGGAGGUUUGUAGAAAGAGACUAAUCCCUUUUUGUCGUCUAUGCAUUCUCCACUAGCUAAAUAAACUACAUGUCUAAAUGGAAAAAUAUUAAUUUAGGUGCUAUUGAUAGCUUAGUGAUUUGUAUGAUUGCUGAUAACAAAUUGUAUGAUAAUCCUUUCUUUCUUUUCACUUUA